GUACGUCCACCUCUCAGUUCAGUUUACUGUUAGCUCUGCCUGCACCAUUCUAACCAAUGGACGCUCCGAAGCCAAAAAGUCAAGAAGUAGUGCCGCAGGAGAGCUCUAUGCCUGCAUCACGUUCACUCUCUAAGGAUCAAGAGAAAACGGUGGUUGAGUGCGCCAGGCUGCUGGGAACAACGACAUCGUCGUUGGCUCGCACUGCCGUCCGGCCUAGGGAGCUGGCCCUCUUAUUUUCCGAGGCUGUCACAGACCAUGAUGUGGUAUUGACACUCCCUUCGCUCGAUUGUAGAGUAGGCAUAGAGAACGAUCAGGUAGGCAAUCCUUUGCCGGACGUUGGUGAACCCGGCCCUAGGGUUCCGGAGCAUUCCUCGGGAGAAGCGUCCACAGAUGCAGUCGAAAACGUCCCCAACAAGCCGCUCAUGGCUGCUUCUGUUCUCGUUAAAGCGGUAGACGACGCUUCGAUUUUAGAGCAUCAGGCAGAAAAGCAUUUAGGGAAGUUGACUUCAUGGACAAAGUCCACACUAGUAUACGCGCCGGAGGCAAUGGCGACCAAUGUAUCCGACUCAUUUUCGUUUCUAAUGGAUUCCCGACUGCGGUCUUGGACGCUUUUGCUUCUCCGACACUCUCUUUCUACGGGUGACUCUGAAAGCCGGACACGGCUGCUUCGGAUACUUUCGGCGAAUGUUGCUGUCGACGCCGCUGAAACAACGUUGCAGACCCUCCCUAUGCCCGAUUCCGCUGCAUGCCAUCCAAAGGAAGCCGAUGUGAUUCUUCCCCUUCUUUUUGAGACCAAGAUUUCUCUUACUUUACAGGGCAAACAAGAAACUGUUGUUCUUCGGGCUCCCGGGACUAUGUCGGCUUAUUUUGGGAAUAACAGCAUAACCGACAUUGAAGACCUACAAAAGGUCGAUGUACGGCUAGAUACUGAUAUCAUGCUCAAGGCUAUGGUUGAUCAAGCAAGACUGAUUAUUUUUAAGACUGUUGCCAAUGCAACUCACACGCCUCUACCUCUCGGUGUCGUGUCGAAAGCAUCUGGGUCCCCGAAGGACGUCGUUUCCAAAGGAACAAGAACCGAACCCGCAUCGGAAGGCUCUAACCCUUCCAUUCUGACUUCAACUAGUCUCGCUGGCUUCCGUAGCGCGUUAAAUCUUGGUAGUUCCACGACUUCACAGUACGAGGACCAAACCAUGCGACUACAGAAAGCGCGUUCAUCGGCUUUGCGCUUAAACGGUGUACUUCAUGGAAAGAAGGCUGAACCUACACGGCCACCACAGCCGCAAAGGGUCCGCUCGGUCAAAUGGGACACGCCUGCUACAUUACCGAAGUUAAAUUCAAGCCUAGAUCCUAGUCCAAAGAAGGCUCGACUGUCGCAAGCCGCAACCGUUUCGAAGCUGAAGAGCUUCCGAUCGUUUGGACGACCACAUGCUGGAGACUUUGGAUCUGGUCCCCGCAAUGCAACGUUUGGGGAGUAUGGAGGACGCCAGGGUAUGUGGGGACGAGAUGGGCGGAUGAUUCAUCACCCCACGCCGAUGCAAGAGGGCGGAGCGGGUGGAUUCGUGGAGGUACCUGUUCCGGAAAAGAAUGCCACUUUUAAUUUGAAUUCUGCAAUGAAGACGAGCCAAUCGGCGGUUGGUGUCGAAGCUGGCAUGCCCCGAACGGCAACGGCGCUGGAGAACUGGUUCCUCAAAUCCGCUACAUAACGUCGCAGAUCUAUACGCUAUUGAUCACGAUGAGGAACAGUUUUUACGAUUGUAUAUGAUGGGCUCUACUUUUAAUGUUAUUUACGUUAGAGUUACUGUUAAUGGUAU